AUGUUGUACGCAUUAGCCACACCCAACUCCUCAUUCAAACCCCUGAUCAGGAAGAUGAAAAACUCAUGGCGGUUGAAAAAAUUCAAACAAUUGUACAUUGAAAAAGGCGGAUUGUCGAACCCACCAAGCGAUGUAUCGUUCACUGAACUGGCUUCAAGUGACACAUCACCCUCGUUGCCUUCUUUGCCUGCUUCUUCUUCUGCCGCUGCUUCACAUUCUUAUACGCCUUCAUCUUCAUCAUCACACAGAAUCCACAUUUAA